AUGCAGUGGCAUAAAAAAGGCACAACUCCUCCGAAGAAGUUGAAAGUGUCAGAAUCGGCCGAAAAGAUCAUGGCGACUAUCUUUUGGGAUACAGAAGGUAUUUUGCUGAUCGAUUAUAAAGACCGUGGUGUGACUGGACAGAUUGAAAGAAGCUAUCAAGGAAAAAAGAAGAGGAAAGCUGUCAAAAGGUGUGCUCCUUUUGCACGACAAUGCUCCCGUCCACACGUGCCAUCUUGCGACGGCUGCCAUUCACCUAUAAGGAUUACAAGUGUGAUAAAACCGCCCACUGUGCCGUCGACGAUGCCGGUUAGGCAACGCCUCGGGCCGCCUGUGAAUAAGCUUAGACGCAUAGCGCCAGUGAGUGGUGCACUAGCGGCCGCCCGCAGGGACCCGCGACUGGCGCGACUGCGAACCGCCGCGGCGUCCGCGCCAACCGGGCCCGCCGCGGCGCCCGUGGUGGCUCCUGUGAUGCCGCUCAUACCUGUAGUGCCUCAAGUGCCGAUCGCGCCCAACGUAUUCGACAUUAAAUCUCUCGAACAUGUUGCUAAACGCAAAAAUGGGAUCACGAUAGACGUUCGGCCCGACGAGGCGCCGCAGCGCCCGCGCGACCCGCGCCGUCGCGACCCGCGCCGCCGCGACCCGCGCCUCGAGAACCGCGACGACCACCCGCGGAAAGACAAAGCGCGGCCCCGCGAUGAUCCCCGCCCCAAGAAGGCGGACGACGCCAGCGAGCGGAAAUGCGACGUGCGCCGGAACGACGUCCACAAGAAACCCCAGGAGAAGACUGAUGCUACCGAGAACACGAUCAGUGACUACAUCGAGAAGGGCGAGGAGGCAGACAGGGACUCGCCGGUUCCGAAUAAGAAACGGAAAGGGUUGUGCGCAGAGAGGAAACAGAAGCGGGAGGAAGCCGACGGCAAGAGCGGCUCGAGCGAGUCCUCGCCGGAGAAGAAGUCGCGGAGCAAGGAGCUCAAAAAUUACCACAGGGAACGGCACAUGAGAACGAACAACACCGAGACCGAGCAGGAUAAGACAGACACUGAAAAUGAUUCAUCAAGUGUUGGAAAGAAGAGACGUCGUACUCUCAGUUCCGAAGAUAUAGAUUUGAGAACCGAUAACACAGAUGACUCCGACACAGAGGACCAUAAAAAAACAAUAUCCGGUAAUAACAUGCGCCAAGCUAAAGAACAGUCAAGUAAUGGCCAAUUGGACAAAAGUCCGUAUAAUGCUUUAAUGCGCCAAUUACUGCAGCUGAACGAGAAACUCGAAUUAAAAGAAGCAAAACAGCCGGAGUCAUUAGAAGUGUCCGAAAGGAAACUCAAGUCGCAUACGAUUGAUGAGAAUACUAAAGUUGCUAGUCCCAAGUCAUCGCCGACUGAUCGAAAUAAAUUUGAAGAUAUUGAUGAGAGUAUUACCCCUGUCUUCAUAGAUACCCCAUCAGAUAGUUCAAAUUCGGAGAAUGAUAAAGAAUAUAAUAUAAUUAUGAGAACGAAUACAAACUCCAUGGAUGGAUGCGAUGGUCCCCCGCCUACUGAUGUACAGCCAAUGCCUCCGGCGAUGCCGAUGUUCCCACCAUUCACGCCCAUGUGGAGAGGGCAGCCCAGACCGAGAGUCAAAGUGUACGGACCGCGAAGAUUCCGUGAUCCAGCACAACAGUUCUUUAGAGGAAAAUUCGACAAGAGAGCGAUGAGACCACCGUUCGACCCGCGGCUACCGUUGCCCUUACCGACGCCUACACCUGGCAUGUGCCAGGGAGAGAGCCCUCUCCAGCCGUACGAAAGGACCGUGUCCCCACCUCCUCUCGGCGCGCCAGGAAUUGCCAUCCCACCUACAGAUUUUAGAAUUUUAGAGUACAUAGAUCGAGAUCCUGUUAAAACGAUCCAAAUCGAUGGAGUGCCGAAGGAGAUUAGAUUUUACGGAGAAACAGCUGUCAUCAUGAUGGACUGGGAUGAUCCAAGAGAGAUCAAAUUCUUGCCCGGCUGCAGAAGAGUUAGAUUCGAUAAUAAAGAUUCCGUAGUAUUAUCUUUCAAUGAAGGCUACAAACAAGUGGAGAUCGACGGUCAAGUGUUUAACAUUCGGUUUGGGGCGCCGACGAGGGAGCUUUAUAUAAAUGGCAGAUGGUACGAAUGCAUUUUUGGUGGUCAGCCUAUCGGCACGAUCAUCGAUGGGAGACCUAGAUUAGUGCAAUUAGAAGGGCCGCCUCCCCAAGUUGAUAUCGGAAAGACUAAACGCACAGAUCUAGUUGCUGGCAAAAUCAAUGUCAUCGUGAACGCCACACAGAGGUGUCCCGUCUACCUCGAUGCUAAAGUACAAAAGUUCUUCAUCAAUAGACACGUGCUCACGAUACGCUUCGUGGAUUCGUUGAGAACUGUUCUAAUAAACGAGCAACCGUUUAAACUGGAGUUUGACGGUUUACCUAAACCGAUAUCGAUAGGCAAUGAAAAGUUUUUCAUUAGAUUUUCGGCACUCCCUAGUCACAUAAAGGCUGGUCACAUAGAAAUAGCAAAUAUGGAAGGCACGAGAAUGGAACCGGUCAUGCAGCCGACACUCGGCUUUAACAGUGACAGUAAUACACAAGGUAGGUUUUUAAGUACAUUUUCAGGUGUAGCCAUGUUAGCGAGUGCCACGCCUUCAACAAUGGCACCCGCGUCUGCUUCAGAGUACAGUUCAGCUGAGCCGAUGUUCCCAAUCCUGGCCAACAUAAAUGUGAAUGAUUUGUUUGCUAAACUGGUUGCCAGUGGCAUAGUGCAGGUCAACAACGAAUUAAAAACUGAACCCAAGGAAGAGGUGAAAGAAGAGGCCAAACCGAAGGCAAAAGAGGAUAAGAAUGUCAUCCAUAAAGUUGAUUUGCUGAGAAGUGAAACUUUGAAAGUGAAGCAGGAGGCGCUGGUGGCACGGCUGUACGGCGGCAUGCAGUGCUCGGGCUGCGACGUGCGCUUCCCGCCCGAGCACACGGUGCGCUACUCGCAGCACCUCGACUGGCACUUCCGCCAGAACCGCCGCGACCGCGACUCGGUCCGCCGCGCGCAUUCGCGCCCCUGGUACUACGACCACUCCGACUGGCUGCACUAUGAGGAGAUCGAGGACCUCGAGAACAGAGAAAAAAACUGGUUCGAGACUGUUGGGGCGGCGGGCAAGGGUGUGGCGGAGGCGGCGGCCGAGGCGCCCAGCGUGGCGGCCGGCGCGCUGAUUAACCAGCACUGCGCCGUCUGCGGCGACCGCUUCCAGCAGUUCUACAACGAGGACAAGGAGGAAUGGCAUCUGAGGAACUCGCUGCGCCACGACGACGACUUUUACCACCCGCAGUGCUUCGACGACUACAAGGCAUCGUUAACCAAAGAGAAGCCACUCCGAGAGUCGUCCAUCGAGAUCGAGGACGUGGACGACGUAAUGUCGCAGUCGGACAACGAGUCUGUUGUGGAGGUCGUUAAAACUGACGACAGGAACACUCAACCCGUAGAGACGGUGGCUAUGCCCCAGCCGAUGGAGGACGACGGCGACGAGGACGACGUAGUGUUCGAGGCCCAGUCGGUGGAGCAAGUGGACGUGGAGGACGACGCCGACACCGACGACGAGACGGUCGAGCAGCGCCGUCAGCGGGACGUACUCGCCGCCAUCGACAUGGCCAACGUACGCGUCAAGAUUGAACCUAUCGACCCUGACGAUGAGCCAAUAAUAACAGCAGAGGAGACCAUCCCCACCGCAGUCGAUACCACACACGUAACAGUGCUGUCCUCUAUCGACGGGAACGUGCAACUCGAGGCGAUUCCCGCGCCAGUCACCUCGCGCAGCAUACGUAUAAAUAUAUCUAAGUCGAUACCCUCUUUUGUGAGUAAUGUACAGGAAAAUAAAAUGCUCGAAGAGAUAAACAUGGAUGAUGAGCCUCUGCCUCCUGGCGAAGAACCACAGUUGUCGUACAAGCUGAAACCGACGCUGGAAGAUGUACAAUUCAGUAGGCAACCACCCGCGAAUAAAGGCAAUGAACUGUCCGGACUCUGUUCUAUUAUGUGAAUAUGUUGUGAUAAACAAGUUUUAUUAGCAGUGUGAAAUGAACGAUUCCCUGGUUAUGAAGUGUUCGUGAAACUUUUUCGUUCGUGAUUUUGAUAAUUCUUCUGCAUUUGAAUAGAGUUCACUCCUGUGUUGGUCCUAUAUAAUUAUUAGUGAUUUGCUCAACGACUAAAGUAGCCAUGUUUCAGAAUAAAAUGAAAGUUGUAAAAUUAAAAACAUCAAUUUGUUUAUAAAAAAUCUCCAUUGGCGUUAUUUUUAAUAGAAAAAUUAUACUCGUAUUGAAACGGUCAAUUGUGUAAGCAGCUCUAUAGAUGAGGUGUGAUGGUCUUUAGGCAAGUUAUUGACUAAAUUGCAUAAUAAAUAUAUAGGAUAUACUAA